GCGGUAGUUUCAAACUCCGUGUUACCGUUUGUCGACCUCAGCGUUUUUUAGAUUCAGAUUAUAAGGACAGAAGGUUCUUGUUGCCUAUAUUAAUCCGGAAUAUAUAUAUCACUACAGAGGAACAUUUUGUCCGGUUGGCUCUAUAACUGACAAAACAUACUAUAGGAGCCCAGGAGAAAAAAGAUAUACUCUUAAAGAAACAUAAAUGUACUGUGCGCGCGGGUGGAACAGUAACAAAGGACUACUCAUCUGAAUUAUCUGCACAACUGAAAUAUAAUUUUUUGUAUAUAAUGUCCACCAAUACUUUCCAAUCCUUUUCCACUUCGAACAAAUUUACUGUCGCCCUUUGUGUUUUAAAUCAGUGGGCACUUGACUUUACUGGGAAUACUCAACGUAUUAUCAAAAGUAUUCAAAUUGCCAAACGCUUGCAAGCUAAAUAUCGAGUUGGUCCAGAACUAGAGAUUUCAAGUUAUGGAUGUGAAGAUCACUUCCACGAGCCGGAUACAUAUACCCACUCAUGGCAGUCUAUUGCAAAGAUUUUAGAAGAAAUGAAAGCAAACCCUGAAAUGCAAGAUAUUGUUUGCGAUAUUGGGAUGCCGGUUUUACAUAAAGGUGUGGCUUACAACUGCAGAAUUCUCCUGCUGAAUGCAAAGAUUUUGCUGAUAAGACCAAAACAAGUGCUUGCUGAUGAAGGCUUACAUAGAGAGACUCGCUGGUUUACUUCAUGGCCUCAUUACCAAUCCAUUGUUAACUUUGAGUUACCCGACUUUGUAUGUAGAGUAACUCAGGAUUUACAGUCGUCUACAUUUUUUGGUGAUGCAAUCUUACGGUUUGCUGGAGAUGGCUGUUCGGAGAAUGUCCAGGUUGGCUUAGAAACGUGUGAAGAGCUUUGGAUAGGAACUCCACCUCAUAUUCGCAUGUUUGCAGCUGGUGUAGAUGCAGUCCUUAAUGCCAGUGCUAGUCAUCAUGAACUUCGAAAACUAAAUCGAAGAAUAGAACUCGUUACGUGUGCAAGCAGAACAAAUGGUGGAGGACUUUAUGCUUAUACAAAUCUCAGAGGAUGUGACUCAGGAAGGGUAUGUUAUGAUGGCUGCGCGUUAGCUGCUGUUAACGGUCAGCUUAUUUAUAUGAGCGAACAAUUUGGAUUUGAAGAUGUAUCAGUUCAUCCAAUUACUGUCUCCCUUAACUCGAUACGAUCAAAACGAAUUGCUAGCCGUUGUUUUGGACGUGCAGCUGUAGAAAAAUCGGUUGCAAAGCUUGAUGCUACCGGUACCGCUCACAAGGAUUACCCAGUGAUUAAGGUUGCUUUCAAUCUUUGUCAUAGUGAUUAUUGGUUUGAUCAAUCCCAUGAAAUAAAAGUUGAUACUCACAUACUAUCACCUGCUGAAGAGAUUGCUUAUGGUCCUGCAUUAUGGUUGUGGGAUAAUUUACGUCGGAGCAAGUCAUCAGGGUUUUUUCUUUGCUUAAGCGGUGGCUUAGAUAGUGCUUCAGUUGCAUGCAUUGUUUUCAGUCUUUGUUAUCAAAUUUUCGAAGCUAUAAUCAGUCAACGUAACUUCACCGUCCUAGAACAGUGUCGUUCCUUACUGAAUGAAUCAAAUGAAUAUAUUCCUCACAGUGCACAUGAAUUGUGCUCUCGUCUUUUAACAACAUGUUAUAUGUCAACUGAGAAUAGUUCUGCGUAUACAAGAUCACGCGCUAGUCGUUUGGCUCAAGCUAUAGGUUCAAAGCAUUUAGAAUCGGAUAUAUCACCACUGAUAAACGACUUCAUUCAAAUGGCUUCGAAAACCUUAAAUCUUUCCCAACCACCUCGAUAUACUGUCCAUGGUGGUUCAAGCAAGGAAAGUUUAGCUCUUCAGAAUAUUCAAGCUCGAAGUCGUAUGGUUUCAGCUUAUCUCUUAGCUCAAUUGAUACCGUGGCAAUCUAACUUACCAUCGAGUCUUUUAAUUUUAAGCAGUGCAAACUUAGACGAAGGGUUGAGAGGUUAUUUAACAAAAUAUGAUUGCUCCAGUGCAGAUUUAAAUCCCAUAGGAAGUAUUAGCAAGUCAGAUCUACGAUUAUUUAUUGAAUACUGUGCUCAGACAUUAUCCAUCUGUAUGGAUCCUAAAAAUGGAAGAAAUUUUUCGCAAAUAUUAUCAGAGAUUCUUUCAGCUCAGCCAACUGCUGAAUUAAUGCCACUUACAUCAAAUGGUGAAAUAAGCCAAACAGAUGAAAAUGAAAUGGGAUUAACCUAUGAUGAAUUAUCAUUAUUUGGUAGACUUAGAAAAAUAUUCAAUUGUGGACCCUAUAGCAUGCUAGAAUCACUUCUAGUCAAUAGUGAUUGGUUGAAGAUUAACCAUGUAAUACCUGAGAGGUGUUUCGACGAAGAUAGAAAGCCUAAUGCUGAACUUGGUGCAUAUCUUAGCGAGAAAGUGAAAUUAUUCUUUCGUACAUAUGCUGUCAAUCGUCAUAAGGCUACUGUUCUACCACCAGCCUACCACACUGAAGCUUAUGAUGCUGAUGAUAAUCGAUUUGAUUUUCGACCAUAUCUGUAUCCGUAUGACUGGAAUCAUCAAUUUUGUUGUUUAGAUAAACUAGUAGCUAAAUGGAAACAACAAUUUGAGUGAUCAGUAUUCAGUCCCUUCAGUGUUAAAAAUUGAUAAAGUUUUAUACGUACACUGAUAUUUUAAUAGUUCCUCUGUUUUCGUUAAUCAACUUAAUACUGAUUAUUAUAAUAUGAAUAUUUUUAUAUUAACCUUGUGUAUAGCGCCUUUGCAUAUUGACGAAUAAAGAGGUAGUAAAAUAUGCCUGUCAAUUACUCCUUAUUCAUAAAAUAAGACAAAAUAAUUUAAUCUACAAAAUACUUUGCAAUGACUGAAUUCUACACCAUAGGUCAGUCUG